CACGCCCAUUUGGAGGUUCCUUGACCGCGUCCUCUGUCACUUCCAUCCUGGAUCUCGACGGCUCUGGUCCGGUUCUUGUGAUCGACAUGCGGUAAUGUAGGUAGUGGUUUCUUCUCACCAAACACCGUUGUACUCUUUCCCCCGACACUAGUAUGCAAACAUUUCUAGAGCGCCACAACGGAUCCUCCCUUCUCUUCCGAGAGGAACAACCCAAGUGCCUGGAGCAACCAAUAAUUUCGUGAUUAUUGAAUAUCAUCGACAGUGGGAUGGAUGACAAGGUUGUCGACUGCCUAAUCUCUCGCCUGUCAUCCAUGGAUAUAUAUCUACCUGAGCUUACAUGCCACCACCCGCGAACUGACAAGCGCUGUACCUCCCCGCCGGGGACCCGACGAAUUUGUAUAGAAAAGCCAGCCAUUGGCCACCAUUGACCGGUCAUAUGCCUCCUCCCAGGACCAUGGCCAUAUUAUACAAAGUGGGGAUAAGAGUGCCAGGACAGGUCCUCUCAUCCUCCACAGCACCUCCUGCGCCCAAUAACGGGGCGCUGGCUGGACCAAAGGAGGGGGUUGAAACUUUCACCUCCCCGGAGGUCGACAACAAUCUUGGUCAAAAGCAAGGCAGCGGCAACACAGCCAUCAACAAAGCAGACGACCUGCCCGUUCUAAUCAAGGUCAGUGGACACCACUGGUAUCCCAAAGACGGGCCACGCAUCCUUGAUUCCUGCGGUGGCGCGGGUGUUGCCUGCCUUGGCCAUGGCCGUCAGGAUGUCAUGGAUGCAGCUCUAGCGCAGAUGAAGGCCUUCUCCUAUGCCGCUCACGCACACUUUGAGACAAAGACGAGCACCUGCGGCAACGUGAAGAAAGUGUACCUCAUGUGCUCUAGCUCGGAAGCCGUAGAGGCGGCCCUCAAGCUGAGCAGAGAAUAUUUUGUGUGGAUAGGCGAGCCGCGGCGUGUCAGCUUCAUUGCGCGGCGGGUGUCGUACCACGGCACGACUCUGGGCUCGCUUUCGGCAUCCGGCCACGCUAACUGCCACUACAUCCCCGCCUGCAAUCCGUACCGCCAGCGGCGGCUAGUUGACGGCGGCAGGAAUGGAGAGGAGUCGGACGCCGCCUUCGUAACCAGCAAGGCCGCUGAGCUGGAGCACGAGUUCCAGCGUCUCGGGCCCGGCACGGUCGCGGCCGUCAUCCUCAAGCCCGUAGUCAGCGCCGCACUUAGCUGCAUCCCGCCGUCCCGGGCUAUCCAGGUCAUGUGCGGCAUGGGCCGGACGGGGACGCUUCACCCGUGGGAGCAGGAGCACGAACACGAACAUCAACACGACACGCGGGAACUAGCAGCCGCCGUAGUAGUGCCAGACCUCCAGACCAUCGCCAAUGGUUUCGCCGGCGGCUACCAGCCGGCGUAUAACAUCACGGCCGACCUGGUGGUGGAUAUGGUGGAGCGGGUUGCAGUGGCUGUCGAAGAGGUGUUCCGAGCCCUUUGA